AACUACUCCCCUAACGUCUGCAUCCGCCAUCUUCUGCACCCCCCCUACCCUCCACAAUUUGAGGUCUCUCUACUAUUAAUUUACAACUUGCCCCGAGUAACCGGAACGUACAAAAAUAACCUAACAAAUAACAACACAGAAGGCAGAAAAUGGAGAGACACCAGAAGAACAAGCAAAGUUGCGUAAGAUGGAACAAGGAUUUCAUCGUUAACGAUGAAGCUUUCGGAAAUGUCCAAAUUACCAUAAAAUAAUCAUGAGUGCUCGCGUGGGGAGACUGGACCUACAUUCAGGUCUUCAAUAUUAUCAUCAGGAAAUGCCUGCACCCUAUGCGCCUCGAACCCUCACAGAGGAACCACCACGAUGCCACUGCCAUCGAGGAUAUACCGAAUCAUCUCAUCCGAAUCCGGCCCAGCUUCUUCACAUCGAUCAGACAGCACGAGCAGAAGACAAUGAUGAACGUCGAUCUGUGCUUCAAAGUCAUGCGAAAAGACAACUGCUACGAUUUACUUCUCGCCUGCAGCGAGAGGUGCAGCAGGAAUGUAGUGCUCACGCAUUACAACAACAAGACCCAUAGGAUAGACGACGUCGAUGAUGAGAACACUCCACUCAUCCAGUUCACGAAGAAAGAUGGAACGAGGAUUUCCUACAAGCAAUAUUAUUUCGAGUGGUACAAAAUUCAGACCCCAAGCGAGGGUGAGUGAGAUGGGACAAGGGUAUCCUGCAAGCAGUAUUAUUUCGCGAGGUACAAAAUUCAUAGCAACAGAUUCCCCAAAAGGAAGCCAAAGACCGAAAUAGCAUAAAUGGGACCCCCUGAU